GCCAUAUUGCUCUGCAGAAAACGAGGGCACAUGGAGGUUCCUACAGCAGGCUCUCAUUGCCUCUGGGACGAAUGGCCCUCCUGAAGAUCGGACGGUCGUAGUUGGCGAUACUGGCGUUCUUAGUGGUGGAUGUUAAGAAAUGUAGUAGUUUCUCACAGUAGAGGUGAAGAACAUCUAGUAGUAGAUUGGUGGCCGUGGCCGUGGUGUUUUCUCCAUAUCUGAAGAAGUGCAAGCCACUUGCCAAGAGGAGGCUUGAGGGAUUUGGAGAGGAUGCGUAAAUGCCCAGAAGUAUAGGAAGACGACAGACCUGUGGUGUCAAUUGGCCCUGGGAGUAGUGAGUGGUAGUGAAUAUUGGCAAUGUUUAGAAGUGAUCAAAGUGCUAUAGCAAGGAGUUUUAAAGAGUGAAACGAUCGACUCUUACUAUCGUCUAACAUACAGCCAAAAAUUCCUAAACCAGUAUCUCCAAGCAUUGGCAAGAUGUCUUCCAUGGUAAAUGGUUCUCACGAUUGGCCCCAAAAUGUGGGGAUCAUUAACAUGGAAAUCUACUUCCCCUCCGCUUUUGUGGAACAAUCUGAAUUGGAAAGCUACGACGGCGUUUCUGCUGGAAAGUACACCAUUGGUUUGGGUCAGACCCGAAUGGGUUUUUGCUCAGAUAAUGAGGAUGUCAACUCCUUAUCUCUAACGGCAGUGAGUCGCCUAGUGAAAAAAUCGGGUAUCUCCUAUGGAGACGUUGGUCGGCUGGAAGUUGGAACGGAGACCAUCGUGGACAAGUCCAAGAGCGUCAAGUCGGUCCUCAUGAAGCUCUUCGAAGAUUCUGGUAACUCGGACGUAGAAGGCGUGGACAACACCAAUGCUUGUUAUGGAGGAACUGCCGCCUUGUUCAAUUGUGUCUCGUGGAUCGAAUCCUCAUAUUGGGAUGGUCGUUAUGCCAUUGCGGUCUGUGCGGAUAUUGCUGUGUACGCCAAGGGCUCAGCCCGACCAACGGGUGGUGCGGGUGCUGUGGCCAUGCUUAUAGGCAAGGAUGCAGCCCUGAUCUUGGAUCGAGGUCUUCGAGCAACUCAUGUUCAACAUGUGUACGACUUCUACAAGCCGGACAUGUCCUCGGAGUAUCCAUUGGUGGAUGGGCCUCUUUCUAUUCAAUGCUACCUCGCCGCACUGGACAAGUGCUACCAAUUGUUCUGCCAAAAGGCUUUGAAGAAGAAGAACAUGUCCUGUGAUUUGAGCACCUUCGACGCAGUCCUGUUUCACACGCCCUUCUGCAAGCUGGUGCAGAAGUCCAUGGCUCGCUUAGCACUCAAUGACUUUGUGAAAACAUCCAAAGACGAACGAUUGGCCAAGUUCCCCGGCAUGGACAAGUUCUUGGAGGUUGAACUCGAAAAGUCUUAUUUCGACAAGGAAGUUGAAAAGGCCUUCAUGACUUUCAGCAAGGAUCUGUUUGAGGCCAAGACCAAACCUAGCCUAAAUGUGGCCACCAACGUGGGAAACAUGUACACGCCUUCCUUGUAUGGCGGCUUAGUCUCUUAUCUCUGUUCUAUCUCUCCUGAGGAAUUGGCAGGCAAGCGGGUAGGGCUCUUUUCGUAUGGAUCCGGCUUGGUGUCCUCCUUCUUUUCCCUCAGAAUCUCAUCUGAUAUCGCUCCAAUGUCCCCGUUGUCCAUGUUGAAACGCUCCUUGAACGAUGUCCAAUCAAGACUCGAAUCUCGAACCAAGAUUCCGCCAGCGGACUUUGAGGCCAUCAUGCAAUUGCGGGAGUCCGUCCAUCAUAAAUCUCCUUACGUACCCGUGGCCAAACCUGAUGAUUUGUUCCCCGGAACCUGGUUCUUGGGCAGUGUUGAUGAAAAGCAUCGUCGUCAUUACGACCUUGCAAAGCCGAUUCAAAACGGACAUGCUUAGGUUAUCAGCUAAGGGACAAUGGCAUAUUAUACACUCACCGUGGUUACAAAGUACAAUAAUAAUUUUUGUACCCCAUUCGACCACAGAUAUACUAAAAAACUACAAUAUCAUUUGAUAGUUUUUAGUUUCAAGAUCAAAAAAGUGCCUUAAUGCGAAGUCUUCCAUCCCUGACGUUCUGCGAACCCCUUUCCAAAAUCAGCAAUUGCAAUGACAUCUGACUUCUUUUCUUCAAGCACGUAAAGCUGAUACCUGUGUUGCUUUUGAUGUUAUCAUAGUAGUAUUGAAUUGAUAUAUUUUAAUUUGAUUUCUUGUAGUUUACCUCCCACACACACACCCAUUGCUGAUGAUGACGUCUACUCUACUCAAAUCAUUACACCCCAACUCGUUAUUACAUAGAAAAUAAAUGAUUUUUUAAACAAGCAGCGUUAAUCAACAAAUUGGAGUGAAAUUAGUUCAAGACCAACUUCUUUUUCUAUUGUAUCGUCAAAUGUCAUAAUAAAAAGUGACAAAUAUA